AUGUUGUUGUUAGGGACUACUGACCUACUGGGGCAUGUGGAUAGUGGUAAAACAAGUCUAUCCAAGGCGCUGAGCACAGUAGCUAGUACAGCAAGUUUUGACAAAAAUCCACAGAGUAAAGAACGAGGAAUAACACUUGAUUUGGGUUUCUCAAGUUUCACUGUAGAAAUUCCAGAACAUUUACAAGGGGGAGGUCAUGAACAGUUACAGUACACAUUAGUUGACUGCCCAGGACAUGCAGGACUGAUAAGGACAAUUAUAGGAGGUGCACAGAUCAUAGAUCUUAUGAUUCUUGUGGUGGACAUUGUCAAGGGGAUGCAAACUCAAACAGCAGAAUGUCUUGUCAUUGGUCAGAUAGCAUGCAAUAAAAUGAUUGUCGUCCUCAAUAAAGUGGACUUGAUUCCAGAGGCAAAGAGAGAGGCAACAGUAGAAAAGAUGAAGAAAAAGAUGACAAUGACAUUGAAGAAUACAAAAUUUGCAGGAUGCCCAAUUGUCCCUGUGGCAGCCAAGCCUGGUGGACCUGAGGGAACAGACACUGAAGGUAUGGGAGUUCAAGAACUCAUAGACACACUGAAGCUGAACACAUAUCUGCCUCAACGUAGCCCUGAGGGGGACUUUAUAUUUGCUGUCGACCAUUGUUUCUCCAUUAGAGGCCAGGGGACAGUUAUGACUGGGACUGUUCUGCAUGGGAGCAUUGCUGUCAAUGAUACUGUUGAAAUCCCAUCCAUGAAAGUAAUUAAGAAGAUCAAGUCUAUGCAGAUGUUUAAACAACCAAUAGAUAAGAUUAAACAGGGUGAUAGAGCAGGUGUUUGUGUCACCCAGUUUGAUCCUAAGCUGCUGGAAAGAGGCCUUGUUUGUACCCAGGGGGUUCUACCAACAAUCAUUGCAGCAAUUGUUUCAGUAGAGAAAAUUCCCUACUUUAAAGGGACCAUUUCAACCAAGGCAAAAUUUCAUAUCACCAUGGGACAUGAAACUGUAAUGGGAAGAGUAUCUUUCUUUGGUGAGACACCAAUCGGUAAUAAUACAGAAAAUAUUUUUGAUACAUCAGGUUCAGUUAAAGCCAUAGAUUAUACAAAGGAGUAUCUGUAUAUGGAUGAACUUCAUGGAAAGGGUGAUAAAAAGUCAAAUGAAGGAAGCACUGAAGAGAGUUCUCUGAUACCUAGUUGCCAAUACGCCUUAAUCGAACUUGAAAAACCUGUUAUCUGCUCAAGAAACUGCCUUGUGAUUGGCUCCCGUUUAGACACAGACAUUCACUCGAAUACCUGUCGCUUGGCAUUCCAUGGUCAACUUCUGGAGGCCAUCACUGAUCCAAAAUAUCCUGAAACUAUUCUUCCUAAGUUAAAAGUUUACAAAAAUAAAUUAAAGGAAGGCAUUGUGGAAAGACUUGCUGAUGAUUAUUCUGUGAUAUGUCGUGGCUUGUUUAAAAAGGAAAGCAAUAUUGAGUUGUUCGUUGGGCUGAAGGUGACGCUAUCAACUGGGGAGUCAGGAACCAUUGAAGGAGGAUUUGGACAGAGUGGCAAAUUCAAAGUCAGAAUACCAAAUGGAGUUGAGGCUAGUACAAAGGAAGCCCUAACAAGUAAGAAAAAGGCCAAGGGAAAAAGUAAGAAUAAAGAGUCAACAGAAGCAUCAACUGCCACAGAGGAACCCCAAGUGACUAUAACACUUUCCCUAGCUUUUAAGAGAUACAUAUACGACCCGAAAAAACUGAUGAAACAAACUUGAAAUAGCAAUUUACAGGAAUUGAGUUAUUCAAUGAUGAAAGAAUUUGAAUUAGCCGGACAACUUAGAAUAACUCAAUACAGGAAAUGGAUUUAAAAUAGCUGGACUACAAUUUAUAAUCUUGAUCCAAAGACUUUCAAGCUAUGUAUGUAACCAUUGAAAAGUGGUGAUUCUAUAAUACAAUAAGGUAACCUUUAAUGACUGUUACACAAUUGACAUAUGAUGAAUGAUGUUUGAUCAUGCAUGAUCGAUAUAAAGAUUGCAUAAUAGAUUUCUAUAAACUGUGCAAUCACACUAUGUAAAUCUACACUUUAUUCCUGAUUCUAUUGCAUUGAUUUGAUGCAGUUUGAGAGAAAUAUGAAAUAAUUAAAAUAUAUAUGUACCACAAUGUACUUUU